GACAGGCAUGAACAAGUAAAGACGAAUUGUAAUUCACCGUCGUCGAUCAGUCAAUUUUCGACGCCUCUUCGAAGUGGUUGUGACCUUUAUUUCAAUAUAUUUUUGAAGAUAAUAAUUUAUUCUGACAAUAAAAUUAUUAUAAACUGAAAAACAUUCGCCAUGGCUGAAACGGAAAUAAUAUCGAAUAGUGAUAAUAAUGAGCAAUUUUUUGAAGGUGUCGAAAAGUUAAUUGAAAUAUGGUUUACACCGGUCCAGCACGCUGAUUUAAGAAAAAUCACCCGGCAACAAUGGGAGAAUGUUUUGAAAAUAGUCCGUUGUGAGAUCAUAUCUUUUACACAGAGUGAUCAAGUUGAUGCAUAUGUGUUGAGCGAAAGCAGCAUGUUUGUAUCGCGUCGCCGCUGGAUCUUAAAGACGUGUGGAAGGACGACACCGCUUCGGUGCGUACGAGCAGUGCUGGCACUGGCGUAUGAAACUGCGGGCCAUACUAGAGUGCAGAAUGUGUUCUACUCUAGACGCGAGUUCGCUAGGCCUGAGGCCCAGUUGAAGCCGCACGACAAUUUUGAUUCUGAGGUCGAACUUCUGGAUUCGUUCUUCGGUGACGGACGAGCUUACAUCAUGGGCCCUGAGAAGGACUGUUGGUACCUUUACACGCUUCUGCCGCUUGAAGGAACAGUAGACGCGCUUGAAAAGGAGCAGCGAGAAGUGACUGAUCGAGAAAUUCCCGAACCAGACCAAACCAUAGAGAUACUGAUGUCGGAGUUGGACCCCGCCGUCAUGGAUAUAUUCACACGGGCUAAUUCCGCUGAUUCCGCGCAGGCGACUAAGGCGUCGGGAAUUGACCAAAUAAUCCCAGGAAUGGUGAUCGACGACUAUCUCUUUGAUCCCUGCGGGUAUUCUAUGAAUGGAGUUGCUAAGGAUGGCUACUACAUGACCAUCCAUAUAACACCCGAGCGGUCGUGUUCGUACGUCUCGUUCGAGUCGAACGUACCGGUCGAGCGCUACGAUCGCGUAUUACGGGCUGUGCUCGCCGCUUUCAGACCGGCCAAGUUUAUUCUCACCAUAUUCCAUACGCCGGACGCUCCUGGCACCGAACCACUGCCCGAGCUGAAGGCCUACCACUCCCUGAGCGGCUUCGAGCAGAAGGAAGCCCAGCACUGCCGCUUCUCGGGCUACGAGCUCCACUACGCGCUCUACAACAAGUUCCCGAGCUGAGGGCGCGCUCCACGCCGCCCCGCCCCAGCCCCGCCGCGCUUUCGCCCCAAAACCCCCGCUCGGGACAUUCACACGAUACUCGCCUGUACCGCGCCGCGUGUCUACGACGACCCGCCCUGCCGAUUCCGCCCCACCCUGCUGAGGCGGAUCGUGUCUGCGAUAUUGGCCUGCAAGUGCCGGGCCAGUGGGGCAUGACGCCCAGAGACGACUCUUAGGAGUAGCUCUUAACAACCCUUAACAUAGAUGUCGUAGUGUAUGGCGAGGGCAGACCUGGAAUUCGUCUGGAUCUGUAAAUCUAGAUUAAAAGGCCUAGAGUUCUAUACGUGCGCUUCAAUUUGCUUAUCUUUCAGUUUCAGGUGUAUAAAGCGAUUAUGAAGGAUUUAAAUAAAGUUUGCAUCUCAGAAUUGUCGCUAUGACUAUCGCUAACGCUUACGCUAUUGGUGCUUUAGAUAGUGCAUUAGAUUUCAAGUACCGUAGAAAGGAACGUAUUAUAGUUAGAAUUCUGUGAGUUAUUUAAGGCAAAAUGUUCUAUGAAAAACAAUUAUUCAUCGCCUAGAAUCAAACCUAGAUUUACUAUAAAAACCUCAAAAUUCGUAAUACCAAUAGCGCUUUCUCGAUAGUGUAUAUAGUUAUGGCAGCUGACAGGCCGGUUUGACAUUGACGUUUCGAGAUACGACAGCUGUCAAAAUGCACCCAGCUUCGCUUCGUCACUCAGCUUUCUUCAAAUUCAUUUGCGACAAAUUACGUUGCUCAAGAGUUUUAAAUAGAAUAACUUUUUUUGUAGUCUUAAAUUUAACCCUGCUGUGAAUUUUGUAACAGGGUGCCAUAUUUAGGGUUCAAAAUCCGAUAUAGUCUGAUAUUUGUAAAGUGAUAUUGACAAUUCAGAUUUCGUUAAUUCUGCUUUUAUAGAUGACAUUACACUAAGUCUGCGCUUAGAGUACUUUAAUUAUUGAUAGGACAAGUACAUUGUCAACUUUGCUUAUUUAAAAAUGCAUUUAAAAAUUGAAUUUUUUUUUAUAUAAUAGGGGGGCAUCUACGGGACGCCAAAAAGGCAGCCGUCGCAGCCCAUAGACACCCAUUUUUAGUGGGUGCGUUGCCGGCCUUUAAAAAGUACGCUCGUAUUUUGAAUUGUUGGAGGUCGUACCGCAGACUUAGCGUAAAAGUGACAAGUUAUAACGUGAAACGGAACGCAUCAUCCGUAUUUGAAACUUGACAUUGACAUAUGACAACGUAUUAAAAAAAAUAUUUUACCAUUCCAUUGUGUUAGUGAUAUUGUAUUAAUUCGUGUUUUCGAAAUUGACAUACGAAAAGAUGUUUCUAGAAUAUUUAGAUAUUAGAGAAAUAUGAAUUUAUAUGAUAAUAAAAGUUAUUGACGUAGCUGUGACGUUAAAGUAGUGAUAGAUUUGGCACAAAUGUACAAUAUAUUGUAAAUAAUAAGAGUAAGAGAUAGAUUAAGUCCAUUUGUUGCGGUAAGUGAUGGUGGGGAGCGUCCGAGACGCUGGCGAGCUUGGGGUGUGUUUAUUUCAAUAAAUCAUUUUCUCUCAA